AUGGCGACAGAAGACACAGCCCAGGAGAGGAGAGAAAAGAUUUCAAGUGUGAUGUCACAGAGGCAGAAGGAUGCGGGUUCUGGGUGCUGUUGGUCAGCCCGCUGUCUUUCCAGGUACACAGUGGACCUUCUGGAGCUUCUGGAAACCAAUUACAGCAUCUCCCCUGCCUGCUUCUCUCACCCUCCCACUGCAGGUCAGCUCCUGACAGAACUGGGCUCUGUGGAAAUCACCCUCACCAUCAUCCUGACCUUUCUCACCAUGGGCUCGGUGGCUAUCUUCCUGGAGGAUGCCAUGUACCUGUACAAGAACGUCCUCUGCCCCAUCAAGAAGAGGACUCUGAUCUGGAGUAGCUCAGCACCCACGGUGGUGUCCGUGUUCUGCUGCUUUGGUCUCUGGAUCCCACGUUCCCUCACACUUGUGGAAAUGUCCAUAACCUCGUUUUACGCGGUGUGCUUUUACCUCCUGAUGCUGGUCAUGGUGGAAGGCUUUGGUGGGAAGGAGGCGGUGAUGCAGACACUGAAGGAGACCCCAAUGAGGGUGCACACGGGCCCCUGCUGCUGCUGCUGUCCCUGCUGUCCACCCCUCAUACUUACCAGGAAGAAGCUUCAGCUGCUAAUGUUGGGCCCUUUCCAGUAUGCCUUCUUCAAGAUACUACUGAGCUUAGUGGGCUUGUUUCUCAUCCCCGACGGCAUCUAUGACCCAUCAGACAUUUCUGAGAAGAGCACAGCUCUGUGGAUCAACACUUUCCUUGGUGUGUCCACCCUGUUUGCUCUCUGGUCCCUGGCCAUCCUUUUCCGUCAAGCCAGGGUGCACCUGGGUGAACAGAAUAUGGGGUCCAAGUUUGCUCUGUUCCAGGUUCUUGUCAUCCUGACCGCCCUGCAGCCCUCCAUUUUCUCCAUCUUGGCUAGCACCGGGCAGAUUGCUUGCUCACCCCCCUUUUCUUCUAAAAUCAGGUCUCAAGUGAUGAACUGCCACAUGCUCAUACUGGAGACCUUCCUGAUGACGGUGCUGACACGGAUGUACUACCGGAAGAAAGAUGACAAGGUUGGGUAUCAGACUUGUUAGCCGCCAGAGCCGGACUCAAAAAUCAAAGCCUGAGGCUUUGGACUAUGGAAGAGGCAUUGUACUUCUCAGAGUGUGAGAUUCCUUCUCUGUCCAUCUUAACCAGUGGCUAAGGGUCCCACUGGCAGCUUCCACGUGGCUAUAGGGCUGAAGGUAAAGUGCAGGAGGCUGAAAUCAUCUUGAGUCUUUCUCACGGAAGGCAUUUGAAGUUUUGUAAUAAAUGGUGAAAACUGAGACCCCUGCACAAGGCACACUGCUUCUGUGGGUGCCACUGUUAACCCUGAAUGUGUUUGUCAGAAAGUCACCCUGUGCGUCUGCACGGCAGAAUAAAGGGGAGAAGAGUACCUGGUUGACGUAUG